UUGGGUUUCUGAGACUUUAAAUCUUUCCUGCUAGUAGACAGCCGCAUCUUGCUAAUCAUGUUACUUUGCCUAUUUAAUCAGUGUCAGACUAAUUCAGGGAAUUUUCCAUAGUGUAUUUUGAAACAAAGACAGCCACUGCGUAUGGUUACUUUAAAAUUAUUCUUAGAGUUCAUAAGUUCUUAGAUUAAAGAGUUCUAAUGAAAUGUAAUGACUACUUAUUUAUUUGUACCUGCGGCCUUAUUAAAAAUAAAACAGUCUUAAGGCAAUUUAGAGAUAAAUUUGCUAAGGACAGUAAGUCCUUAAGUGGUUUCACAUCUUGUCCACAUAGUGGCACUGUUGGAUUAUUUACAAUUUUAAAGCCAUGUAGUAUUUGGCACAUCUCUUGUGGUAGUUAGAAAGAUUUGCUUUCAAUGAGGCUCUGAUGCCAAAAUACUAGAAGCUUUUCAAACUCCGAAGUACAUAAUAGGUUAGCUUGAUAGAAAACAUUAUAUUGAUUAUAGUUGAGUUACUGAGAAAAGCGUUCUGCAAGUACAUCGUUUCAUUUCUUUGUGUGUUUUGUUGUUGUUGUUGUUGUUGUUGAAUAAAGAUCCCUUGAAUGUCUCAUAGGCCUUUGGAGCUUCCUGAACACACAAUUGAAGUCUUGAACUUUUCUUUCAAUUCUUUCAUCUUUCCUCUUAAUUCGUUAAUAAAUCUUCCUCAGAUACCAGUUUGGAAACCUUAUGAGGAAGAAGAUACUAUCCUAUAUGAACCAAACAAUGCAUUUUUCCAGAAAGUAAAUGCUGCUCCUGAGACAUCAAACAAUGAAGAGCAACAAAAGACACUUAAGGAUGUUCUUACCCACUGCCAGGUCAUACAUGAUGCUAUUCAAAACCUGGAUAAGAAAUUUGAUGUGAUUCAUGGAAAAGUUUCAAAAAUCCAGCGUCAUCGUGUAAAACCAUUAUGGCAAAAUCGGAAACCAUAUGGAUAUGUAUACAAAAAGUAUAAUCACCGCAUUUCUAAAAAAAUAAAACGACAGAAAAUGAAGAAGAAGGGGGCUCGUGCUGUAUUCAACCACCCUGAAAGUCAUGGCCUAGCUUUACCAAGGGCAGGCAAAAGAAAUGAUCCCCAGCCCACCUUUGUAGGUGAAGCAUUUCAGUUGGAUGCACCUGUUGAAAUAGAGCAGCCUGUCUCUGCUAUGCCGGAUCAAGGGUUCCUUCAGAAUUCACCGCCUGGCUCUGUCUACUCCGUACAGUCCUAUGGUUCAUUUUUUAUGCCAGAUGAUGCUGGUCCUUCCUUCAGGCCCUGCUUUCCCAGCCCGAGGGCACAUGACAGCAGCCAUAUCUUCUCGCCUACUCGGCCUACAGUCUCCCUGAGUGAUGAUAACUCAAUGUUACCCCAAGACGACUGUAGCCAGCAAAGCAACUCUGAUAUCAUGGAGAAUACAAACACCGGCCAUCAUACUCUAUGCAUUUCCAAUUUUGUUGCAAAUUCACCAGCGAAAUCUGACUUUAGUGACCCUAACCAAACCUAUGGUAAGGAUCCUUCGAUCUGGACUGUGGAGGAUGUGAUACGUUAUAUCAGAAAAGUCGAUCCUCAGAUAGCCCUCACCUUGAGCGAUGUCUUCAUACAACAUGAGAUCGAUGGGAGGGCUCUGCUGCUCCUGAAGAGUGACACGAUGAUGAAGUACAUGGGGCUGAAGCUGGGGACAGCCGUGAAGCUCUGCUACUACAUUGAGAGGCUUAAGCAAGACAAUUACCUCAACCACUGAGGCACUAUGUAAAUGUAGACUGGAUUGGUUUUGGGUUUACCUUAGAGUGAAAUCCUUUUGCUGCCUAAGCAGUUUUUGCUGUGCUAAGGUUCCUUUAAUAGGUUAUAUUCAGAAUUCUAGAACUACCUUUACAAUCCAGUCUACUUUGUUAAAAACCAUGUGUUAGUGCUGAAAUAGUCAAAUGGUCAGUUUAUUAUUUGUACCUUUUUAUUAUUUGCAGUUGUUCAGUUUACAUAUAUAUAUACUCCAUGUACCAAACAAGUUUGAUUUUGGUUCAUCUUGAUAUAUCGUUAUAUAUAUAAAACCAUCUUUUUGUAGAGAGCCAAAAUAACUAAAUCCCCAAAGGGAAAUGUCAGGGAUAGAAAACUUCUAUAAUUAAAGCCAUGAGAUUUUUUUUCUUAGAAGAAAAUUUAAAGGUGCGACUAUAGAUAUCCUCUCUUCCUUGAAUAGUUUAUCUGUUAUACUGCAGCGUUCUGCUCCUGUCCUGCCAUUUUGCCUUAGAUAGCCAUAGAAAUGAUUUUUCCCUAUUAUUACGUCUCUAUAUGUUGUAUUUAUUUCCCAUUUAAAACAAAUUUCAUUUAAAUUUAAAGAAACACUUUAAAGAUUUUAAAAAUCAGAAACCUUUAAAUUUCCAUGAUGUGUUCUUACCAGUUUUUGAUAAUUAUAAGAUAGAGUCAUUUUAUGUAGAGGAUCUUAUACUACAUGAGUGGAUUAGAUAGAGUCUAUGUUUUUUUCAAUACAUACCUAUACAUUUAAAACAUCCCCUACGUUGGGGAACUUGGACAUUUGUUUAUGAUACGUAUCUUACAUGACAAUGCCAAUGUCCAAAUUAAAAAUAUAUAUCUAUAUAUUUAUUACAUGUGUCUAUUCCUCAUAUAAUAUUUUACUAUAUUAACAUUUUAUUCUAUGCCUUUUACAUACAAGUAAAAUUUUCCUUUUUGAACUUAAAAUGUUACUUUGCACUGACACAGAGGGAUGCACUAUAGCUUUAGUUAGAUGUAAAAGAAAUCCUGUAAAGCAAUAUUUGCAUCCUGCCUACAAUAGUACAGUCUGCUAGUUGGAGCACAGCCUCUGAAGGUAGUGUGGGGUUCAAAUCCAGGCUCUGCUACUCAUGAGCCAGCAGCUAGGAGUACACUACUUCAUCUGCCCAUGCUUCAGUUUCCACACGAAACUGCGAGAAUUGCAAGAGCCACUGUGUCUUAAAACACCUAGAGCCCAGCGUGGCAGAUAGGGGGCGCUGAAGAACAGCAGAGAGCAUUUUCAAGAUCUGCCUUAAUUGAAAAUGUUCUGUCAUGUUUUAUGUUCUCUUAUAUAUUUUUUCAAAAAGGUAAAAAUGUGCAUCGUUUGCUAGCAUCAGUACCUCUCAGCUUAACUCUCAGGGGAUACAAAACAUUCAGUAGAUUGUUUUCAUACAGGAAAGUUCUCAUUCUGUGCAGUGUUUCUUGUUCACUUUUUAGUUCUGAGGCAAUUUUCCCCUAAAUUUUGAAUGCUUUUGUUAUAAAUCAUCUUUUCGGGCUUUCUUUGAAGAAUUACAAUUUACAAAAGAACUAUGUUCAUUGUUAUUAUUUUAUCAUCACAUUGCUGUUACUUUAUUACAUUAUUAUUAGUUUAUAUUAAUGGUUAAUAUCAUAUUUAUAAGAGUGAAUGCUAGAAAUAUCAGCCAUAAGUAUCAAUACAAUGUACAAGAAUGUACAUUUUCUUUUCAGAAAACCAAAUGUACUUUAUAUGCAAAUGAAAAUUCAACACUACAAUAUCCUUUAUGUUUUCUAAAAUAAGAGUCUAACUUAAAGUUAGUCUUUAUUCCAAUUGUAUGCCUAUUUAAUGCCUACUUGAACAUUCCUCAGGUGCUUAUACAAAUAUAUUUUGCUGUUUUCAGAUUUUUAAUCACAAUAAAGUUAAUCAAACACA